AUGGAAAGAAAAUGCCUGAAGAAACAGAUUGAAAAACUCCUGGGAGAUUAUGUUGGCAUCGGACUACAAGAAAAUGAAUUUGAUCCAAGAGGACAAAGGCAGCCCACCUUUCUAGAUGACAUGGUGCAUUACAACUUAGCCUUCCGUGUUGCUUUGCUGUGGCUAAGCGGCUUGGAUGCUCAGACUGCACUGACAAGAGAGAAAAUGAAUUUUGCAGCUCGCAACCGAUACAUGUAUCCCAACCGAAUUGAGAGAGAAGCUAUGAUACUAUCUUCAUAUGCUGGAAUAUUAAUGAACAGCAUUCCUGUUGAAGAGAUCUUUGAGAUUUACAACAUGAGGCCCUCAGCAACACACUGGCAAAGCUCUGCAAAUGACCACUGGAUUCAGCCUUUCAAGCUCUCCAUGCACCCAUUUGCCAUGCUGACUGCCCCUGAAGCUGCAGAGUAUGCCUGGAAGCAAAGCAUCAAGUCCCGGAGAGCAGCAGCGUGUCAAAAGACCAACCCUUGUUCAGCAAGGAGAGCUAAGAAAGACAGCAAGCAACAGGACUCACUCACCAGAGGAAAGCAACACGUUGACAAAGUAGGUCUGAAGAAUUCACACAAGCCAGUAUAA